AGUGGCAAGGAGGUCUGGGUGAGGAGGGGUGGGGGCUGAAGCAGGAGCUUGUUGCAGUGAGCUGUGAUUGCUCAUCCAGGAGCCGGUUGCGCUCGGGGACGUUUGAGUUUUGUUGUUUUUGUUUCUUUUUUUUCCUGUCUUUCUGUCUUCCCGGCCUGGAUGCUGUAGCUCGGGCUGGGCUUCCCUGGACCUCUCUGAUCCGCUUUGCAGCAACCGCUUGUGAGGACGCUGCAUGUCUGUUGCGCAGACAUGGGCACCUCAGCUUGCUCCAGGAUUACCAUCUGCUUGGCCCUCACCUUAGCUCAGGUGAUUGCUGUGGCCUGCCAAGAAGAAACAAAGACUGACGGCUGUCAGGAAAACGGAACGGUCUACUCCGACAAUGAGAUAUGGAGGCCGGCGCUGUGUCGAACCUGUGUGUGCGACAGCGGCCGUGCAGUGUGUGAGGACGAUGUGUGUGAGGAGCUCAGAGACUGCCAGCGGGUGGUGUUUCCAAAAGGCGAGUGUUGCCCCAUGUGCUCCACCCCGCCACCGACACACACAGCAAACGCUGAUUCAGAGACCUGCACAGAAAAUGGCACCACCUACUACGACAAUCAAAUGUGGGCCCCAGAGCCGUGUCGAGUCUGUGUGUGCGACUCGGGAGUUGUGGUGUGUGAGGAAUUGGUGUGUGAAGAGCAAAGGGGCUGCGAGACAACCGAGGUCCCCGAGGGCGAGUGUUGCCCUGUGUGCUCGGCCAACAAACCAAACUCUCCUUUCUUGGACGAUAACACUGAUUCCUGCUCGAUGGAUGGCAAAACCUACCCCAACGAUCUGAUAUGGAGCCCAGAGCCCUGUCGGGUGUGUUUUUGCGAGAAAGGGACGGUGUUGUGUGAGGACGUGGUUUGUGAGGACGUAGGGGAUUGCCAGGCCACAGAAAUCCCGGAGGGCGAGUGCUGCCCGGUGUGCUCGGCCGCGAAACAGCAGCAGCCCCACGCAAAAACUGACACCUGCACAGAAAAUGGGAAGGUCUACGCCAAUACGGACAUGUGGAACCCAGAGCCGUGUCGGCUGUGCGUGUGCGACAUGGGAACCGUCGUGUGUGAAGAUGUGGUGUGCGAGAACCUCGGCGAUUGCCAGAAAACGAUGAUCCCCAGUGGUGAAUGCUGUCCUGUGUGCCUAAGUGUGCCUUCAACGUUUUCACCCAACACCGACCCAACGACAGCCGCCGAUGAGAAGAAAUCAGAAAACUGCCAAGUCGACGGGGAGGUCUACCAUCACAACGACAUCUGGAAACCCGCACCCUGUCGCGUCUGCGUCUGCGACAACGGCGUCUCCAUCUGCGACGAGAUUCAGUGCGAGCCGCUGGCGAACUGCGAGAAGGUCAUCACCCCCGAGGGGGAAUGUUGCCCCGUGUGCGACAGCUUCGCCAGCGCCGGCAGGAGGAUCGAAAUUCUGGGUUUCAAGGGACAGAAAGGGGAACCGGGCGACAUACCGUAUGUUGUGGGAAACCCCGGACAGCAGGGACCAAUGGGCCCCCCGGGACCGCAGGGAAGAACAGGACCAAGAGGCUUCAAGGGCAGACGGGGAUUCACUGGACCCCCGGGGUUUGACGGUGAGCCCGGUGUCCCCGGAAAUCCAGGAGAACCUGGUCCCCCCGGGGAUCCCUCUCCUCCCGGGGGAAACUUGAUGUCGCAGAUGGCUGGUUUUAGUGAGAAGUCAGGUUUUGCUCCAAUGGUGUCCGCAGCGAGGGGUGAAGCAGGACCACGAGGACUUCCUGGACCAACUGGGCCUCCAGGCGCAACCGGCGGUCAGGGAAUUCCCGGAGAACACGGAGACCCAGGACCAAUGGGUGAGCCAGGUCAUCGAGGACCCGACGGACCUCCAGGGAAACCAGGACCCGACGGAGAGGCUGGGCCUGCCGGUGCAACCGGAGAACCAGGAUUUUCAGGAUCACCGGGUGCAAGAGGAUUCCCAGGACUUCCAGGUCUUCCAGGACGAAAAGGCCCCAAAGGACACGGUGGUCUUGCAGGACCGAAAGGCGAGUCUGGGGCAGUCGGAGCCAAGGGUGCAUCUGGUACUGCCGGUCAAAUGGGCGCUCCAGGACCCGCGGGUCCUCCUGGUUUGCAAGGAGAAAGAGGCAGAAUUGGACCCACUGGUCCUUUGGGUAAACGUGGUGCUAAUGGCCAUCCUGGCAAACCCGGUCCUUUGGGUCCAAUUGGAAUUCCCGGUAUGCCAGGAUUCCCAGGAAGUCCAGGAAUGAAGGGUGAAGCGGGACCCACAGGAGUCAGAGGGAGUCGAGGGCAGCAGGGAGCCAGGGGGGACGGCGGACGUGUCGGACCACCCGGACCAACCGGACAGCAGGGUGCUGCAGGACCUGACGGGGCCCCAGGCGCCCGCGGUUCCUCUGGUGUAGCGGGUUUACAGGGGCCGCCUGGUUUGGUUGGCCCCGCUGGUGCUCCUGGGCCCCAGGGCACCACAGGAGCACCAGGACCAAAAGGCCAACUGGGUGAUGCUGGACUCCCGGGAUUUAAAGGAGAAGCUGGGCUUAAAGGAGAAAGAGGCGACCAUGGUGUUCCAGGGCCAAUCGGUCCAUUGGGUGAGGAUGGAAAGCGUGGCCCCCGAGGAGAUGGGGGAACCAUCGGGUCUCCAGGACCACAGGGGGAGAUGGGGCCACCAGGAAACCGAGGUUUUCCCGGUGCAGAUGGUUUACCAGGACAAAAGGGGGCCCAGGGUGAGAGAGGACUGCCAGGAUCGCCCGGCAUCAAAGGUUCUCUGGGAGACCCGGGACGCAACGGAGAGCCAGGACUAACGGGAGCACGGGGUCUCUCGGGGCCGAUUGGUGCUCAAGGAGCAGAAGGAAGGCAGGGUCCAAUGGGUUUGGCCGGAGAGGACGGCAAACCUGGCCCGGCCGGUUCUGUGGGGACCCGGGGUGGUGCCGGAACCAUGGGUCUGCCGGGACCAAAGGGCUUCGCAGGCGACGCUGGAAAAGCCGGAGAAGCUGGAAGUCCUGGCGCUCCGGGUCAAAGGGGAGCAAAUGGAAAAGAUGGAGAGACUGGCGCUGCUGGUCCACCUGGUCCAGCUGGCCCUGCAGGAACGAGAGGAGAGCAAGGACCUCAAGGACAGACCGGUUUCCAGGGUUUACCUGGACCCUCAGGUCCCCCUGGAGAGGCAGGAAAGCCAGGUGACGAGGGUCUGGCGGGUGAAGCCGGCUCUGUUGGAGAGACGGGUCCAAGAGGCGAAAGAGGAGCGCCGGGAGAAAGAGGAGAAACCGGUCCCAACGGGCUUCAGGGACCAAAAGGCGGUCCGGGAGCACCGGGAUCAGACGGUCCCAAGGGUAGCCCAGGUUCAAAGGGGGCUGCUGGAGAGCCAGGUGGUCCAGGACUUCAAGGGAUGCCAGGGGAGAGAGGUAUUUCAGGACCAUCCGGACCAAAAGGAGACCCUGGCUCUGUCGGCGAGAAGGGACCAGAAGGAAAGGCAGGAGCUGACGGUGCAAGGGGGCUCGCUGGUCCAGUUGGAAUUGCUGGUCCAGGUGGGCCAAAUGGAGAAAAGGGUGAAACCGGUCCACCGGGACCAACGGGACGCCGUGGCACCAGGGGAAUCCCUGGUUCCAGCGGAGAGCCCGGUCCAACCGGGGCAGUUGGUUUUCCCGGACCGUCUGGUCAAGAUGGCCAGCCAGGAGUCAAAGGUGAAACAGGAGAACCAGGACCUAAAGGAGAAGCGGGAGCUUCCGGACCUCAGGGCACGGCCGGGAAGCCGGGUGAACAGGGGCCCGUUGGUGUCGCGGGGCUGAAAGGAGGUCGGGGAACACAAGGUCCAGCUGGGUCUCCCGGUUUUCCCGGACUGCCUGGAAAAGUGGGACCUCCGGGUUCACUUGGUGCGACUGGAGCCGACGGCCCCGUGGGCGCUCCCGGAAAGAAGGGCCCUCCAGGGAUCGGAGGAGAAAACGGCGCUCCGGGCCGUCAGGGAGAGAACGGACCGCCGGGACCAGCGGGAAGCCCAGGAGAGAAGGGAGGACCAGGAGAGGACGGCCCUCCGGGCCCCGACGGACCUCCGGGACCGGCAGGGACGACGGGACAGAGAGGAGGGGUGGGUCUUCCCGGAGUCCGAGGGGAGAGAGGUUCGCUCGGACUGCCCGGUCCUGCGGGUCCGCCUGGAAAAGCGGGAGCUCCCGGUGCUCAGGGGACCAACGGUCCUCCGGGUGUGGUCGGUUUACCCGGAUCCACGGGGCCGAGAGGCGAUCCCGGUCCUGAGGGCAUCGCUGGAGCCGAGGGGGCUCCCGGUAAAGACGGCCUCGUAGGAGAAAGGGGCGACAAGGGGAACCCGGGUCCCGAAGGCCUGCCUGGCGGGCCGGGGUCUCCGGGAAACGAGGGACCGGCGGGAACAAUCGGCGGUCCCGGCCAAAGAGGAGAAACCGGUUCCAGAGGACCCCCCGGACCACAGGGACAGCCCGGUGUACGGGGAAAAGUGGGCCCUCAAGGACCACAGGGGGACAAAGGAGGAGCCGGAGAACCCGGCGAGAGGGGCCAGAAGGGUCACAGAGGCUUUACCGGACUCCAAGGCCUCCCCGGAAUAACCGGAGCCACAGGAGAUGCGGGAGCUCGAGGAAUUUUCGGACCAGCCGGACAAAGGGGGCCUCCUGGAGUGGUGGGUCCUCCGGGAAAGGAAGGAAACGCUGGCCAGCCGGGACCAGCGGGGGCUCCAGGCAGCAGAGGAUCCAUAGGAGACCUCGGAGCUCAGGGUCCUGCCGGAGAACCCGGGCCGCCCGGUCCUCCGGGGCCUCCGGGUCCUCCCACAGCGGCCGCGGAGGAGCUCUACGCCGUCGAGUACGACGCUCACGGCGAAGUUCUGGACGCGGCGGAGCUCGGCGAGUACGACGCCGCCGCCGCCGAUCCUCCUCCUCCGCCAGAGUUCAACAAGGACGAAGCGAAGCCCAACGACAACAUCUCGGGCGCCGAAACGGGGGUCCGAGCCACGCUGAAGACCCUCGACGGACACUUGCAGAACCUGCGCAGUCCAGACGGCAGCAAGAUGAACCCUGCCAAGACCUGCCAGGACAUCAGGCAUUGCUAUCCUCAGAAAAGGAGCGGUGAAUACUGGUUGGAUCCGAAUCAAGGAAGUACCAAAGACGCCAUCAGAGUGUUGUGCAACAUGGAAACCGGUGAGACCUGCAUUCCUGCCAAUCCGGCCAGCAUUCCCCGCAAAGCCUGGUGGACGAAAUCCACCCCAAGCCCCAACAAACCCAUCUGGUUUGGCGCCGAUAUGAGCGGCGGAGGCAAAUUCUUCUACGGCGGCAAGGAGGAGCAGCCCAACGCUGUGGCGGUCCAGAUGAAGCUGCUGCAGCUUUUGUCGAAGGAGUCGCACCAGAACGUCACGUAUCACUGCCGGAACAGCGUGGCCUUUAAGGACGAGCAGGCCGGCAACUUUAAGAAGGCUCUCGUCCUCAAAGGCGCCAACGGACAAGAAAUGAGGGCGCAGGGCAACAGCCGGCUCAGAUACUCUGUCAUCGAGGACGGCUGCUCGAAACUAAACGGAGAGUGGGGCAAGACAGUGAUCGAGUAUAGAACUCAGACCACCACCAGGCUCCCCGUCGUGGACUUGGCCCCAAUGGACGUCGGGACGGCCGACCAAGAGUUCGGUCUGGACAUCGGGCCGGUGUGCUUCUCAUAAAACGGCAAAGACGGACGCUGUCGGUUUUCUUUCAGAAAGAGGGUAUAGAAGCUACCUGUUUCAUCUCUGCCUUUCCUCAUCGGUGACGGAAGGACACUCGUGAUAUUUAUUCCAGUUUUCAGUACAUGGAAAGGAACCUGUACCGCAAAGAUGUGUAGACGGAUGGUAAACCGGCGGAGCGGGCUUUAAAAAGAAACGCCCACAGUUUUUCUAAACGCUCGGAUAAAGGAAGAGUGGACGUAGGAUAGCCGUAGCUCUUAAUUUUCCACGGAAUAAAGAAUUAAAUUAUUGAUAUCUGUGCAAAACAGUCAUUUGAAAAAGGUGUAAAUGCAACACGUGAUUGUAAAUGGUAAAACAGUAUUACUUUUCAGUGAACGUAAUGCAAUUCUUUUGACACUAGGGGGAGACAAAGUCUUAUUAUUUUGUGUUAUUAUUAUUAUUAGUGAUUUCACUUGAUUUUCCAGGUGAAAAAGGCAAUUUGCUCAGUUGAACGCAGUACAGUUGUGAAGACGCACGAUGACUUUAUUUGAACUGCAACAAAUAAAUAAGAAAUAAAUGUCUAA